AUGGCGCCGGUGCCGGCGAUUGCGAGUCACAUCGCCAAGAAUCAGCCUGCUGCUGCGACGAUGGGAGCAAGAAACAAACCCGUGAGUCCUCGCAUGGCAACGGCUAACGACGUGGCGAUCCAUGGUGGCGCUAAGACGGCAUCAGGCGGCAAUGCGGAACUUGCCCCGUCGAACGCCCAACCGUCGCGCCAACACGACGAGCGCCCUCACAUGGCGACGGCUGAGGACGUGGCAGUCGUUCCCCAGGCGCGGGCGCCGGCGCCGGCGAGUCACAGCGCCGAGAAUCAGCCUCCUGCAAUGAUGGGAGCAAGCAAGACGCACGUGCGACCUCACAUGGCGACGGCUGAGGACGUGGUGAUAAUUUACCCGGGAUCAGCAAAGGCGACGGCGGCGGCGACGACUCUGCGCGUGGGGGAGGGAAAGGCGCGUCCUCACAUGGCGACGGCUGAGGACGUGGCGAUCGUUCCCCAGGCGCGGGCGCCGGCACCGGCGAGUCACAGUGCCGAGAAUCAGCCUCCUCCUGCGAUGAUGGGAGCAAGCAAGACGCACGAGCGACCUCACAUGGCGACGGCUGAGGACGUGGCGAUAAUUUACCCGGGAUCAGCAAAGGCGACGGCGGCGGCGGCGACUCUGCGCGCGGGGGAGGGAAAGGCGCGUCCUCACAUGGCGACGGCUGAGGACGUGGUGAUAGUUCCCCAGGCGCCGGCAGCGGCAACGCCGAUGGGAGCAGACAAGGAAGAGGAGAUGCGGGCAGAGGCAUGGAGGAAUGUGGUGUCUGAUGAUGAGGAUGGUGAGGAGAAGGAUGGUAGCGAUGACAAUGGCGAUGAUGAGGAGAAGGACGAUGACAACAACGACAACAACAACAAGGAUGAUGGCAAGGACGAUGAUGAAAAGGACGAUGAGAAGGACGAUGAGAACGACGAUGAGAAGGACGAUGAGAAGAACGGCAGCGAUGACCAUGGCAAGGACAGCAAUGAGAAGGAGGAUCAUGGCCUGGACAGGGACAAUGGCAAGGGCAACAACAACUUGUUGCGCGACAAAGAUAACAACGACACGGGCAAUGACAAUGAAGAGAAGGACGAUGACAACGAUGCGGUGAACUGGCACGGGGGGGAGAGCAGCAGCCAAGGACAACGAAGGGGCAGGACUCGGGCCAUGAACGAAGCAUCAUCUCGCAUCUCUCGAUUCGACAACAACCGUGGCUGGGAGCUUGAGGGCAAUCAGCGCACUGGACUGCACAAGGCACAGCAGUUUCGCAUGGCAACGAGCAGUGAUGUGGCCAUUCACAGAAGUGGGACCCAGGGCACCGUCAAGGGAGCACCCUCUCGCUUUUCUCGCCCCAAGCAACAACCGUGGCUGGGAGAAUCGCAGCAAUCAGCGCACUGGCAGUUUCGCAUGGCGACAAGCAGCGAUGUGGCCAUUCACAGGAGCGGGAUGCAAGGCGCAGACCGUGGUGUGAACCAUAGGAGUGGGCGAAACGGGGCACAGCAGUUUCACAUGGCGACAAGCAGCGAUGUGGCCAUUCACAGGAGCAGGGCUCAAGGCGCGAACCGUGGUGUGAACCAUAGGAGUGGGCAAAACGGGGCACAGCAGUUUCGCAUGGCGACAAGCAGCGAUGUGGCCAUUCACAGGAGCAGGCUCAAGGCGCGAACCGUGGUGUGA